AAGGUUCAAGGUUGCUUACGAAGGCAGUACACAAUAUAGUUUUGACAUAAGAACUAAACGAAGUUAUUUAAAGUUUUACACGUUAGUGAUGUACUUCGCUGACCCUGGCUAGUGGAUAUAAUUAAGAGGGAUUUAUUUAUUAAUUAUGUGGAUUACUUCAUAUUCAAAAUGAAUUGGCUGUAUCAUAAAUUUGUGAUUUAUAUUUCUGUGAUAUUUUUAUUUUUGUACGAAUUUUCGGAGGAAUUAUCAGGGGAUAGUCAAAAAGAAUUCAACCAAAGAUUUCCAGACAGAUCCUUUCCAAACCAUAACUUAAUCUAUGAAAGGAAUGUGACGUGUGGUGAACACAGUAAAGGAAGCUUUCCAAGUCAAACAUGGACAUGUGCUGAUGUAAAAGUGAAUAAUUUGCGCAUGGCCUAUGGAUUAUAUGAAGGGAUAGACACAAAAUGUACAGAAACUAAAGGUUUUGAUGAAUUAGCAGAAUUAUGUAGACAAAUGAUGAAAUCUAUAGAAGUCAAAAGAACUCUAUGGGCAGCUAUUGUUAGUAAUGCAUCAUGUGACUAUCACAAUGAGAAUCGUGUGUUACUGAAUCGUACAAGGGAGAAUUUCGUGUGGCAUGACAUGACUUCAGGGUUCGGCUGGAUACAUACAAUACAGUGCAUGGCUAUGCGAACGUAACACAUGUUAUAUACGUACAUUCUUGCAGUACAAUCCUGAUUGUUUUUAAUCGGAAAAGUGUUGCCUUAUUUCAUGAAUGGAUUAUUGCAUUUGAUUUAACCAUGACCGUUUUAUUUUUCAUUGAACGUAGCAUUCCAUAUCAAUAGAAUUCAGUGUGCAAAAUACGUUGAAGACAAUCAACUGGGAAAAGAAGAAUAUUCAUCUAAUCAAUUAUAUAUAGCACUUUAAAUGUUUUGGUUAUGAUAACCUUUAGUGACUAACCGAAAAGUAUUGAGUUUCAAGGAUGCGACAUUUAAAUCGACAAAAAAAAAAGUUUAGUGCAACCAGGUCAGGUUGAACUGGCCUUUUAAGUUAUAUUGGAUAUUAUUAUUUCCAUUUUAUAUGUUCUGAUUAAGUUAUUUUUAUGGUAUGAGUUAUUCUUCCAUUCAGCGAUUGUAAGUUCUGUAGAGCAAGAAAUUAAUGCAAUGUUUUUAUUGAUGUAAAGAAUGUGACAGGGUGUCUCUUUACACAUUGUUUGUAGCAAUAAAAACGUUGCAUUGAAUUUUUAAUGUUUUGCAUUGGUAAAGUUUGGCAGGAUGUAUAUGGAGUUUAAUUGAAAUUGCAUGAAUAAAUUCAAUGUUUUUAUUGAUGCAACUGAAUUGUAAUCCGUUUAGCGCAGAAAAAAAUAUAAGGACUUACAAAAAUCUAAUUUCUCAAAUAUGAAACAGACUAUAAAAGACAUUUAAAUAGUAUAGAUUUAACUGUUCGAAAAUGUAACUAUUAUAACAAAACAGCAAUUUGUUUCCUUUGAAUUCAGCUGUAAGGGGAAAUAACUCUCAUCUCACAAAAAAGUUAAGAAUGGAAGAUUUUUUCGAAUCAAAAAUAUGUUUGUAUUUUAUCAGUGAUUAUAAUAGAUUUACAGAUUAUUUGGUGAAUGUGAUAAUCAACAAUCUUGGUGUACACCAAACAAAACAAACCAAUGAUGGAAAAUGACACAUCAAAAUUCCCAGUCUCUAAAAAUAGCUGGUUUUAAAGACAAUCUGCCUGUCCGACUAAUAUGAAUGAAAUUGUAAUUUGUCAUUUAUUCAGAGUCCAAAGCAUUCUGGGUAUUUUCAAAAGUUUGCAUAAAAAAUUGUCCUUGGAAUUGAAAUAGAAUUAUUCAAAUAUGUUUUUCUAGUGCUGUGUCCUUUAUAUUAAAAAAUAACUAUAAAAUGUAAUUGUCCUGUAGCAUUAUGGGAGAUUAUAAACUGACAAUAGUUCUCAAAUUUCAGGAAAGAUAGUGCUUGAUAAGUAAAGUGUAUAUAUGAAAAUUAGUACUGCUAGUAUUAUGACAAGCGUGCUUAAAUUUUAUUAAGAACAAAAUAUAUAGAUAAUUACAAUGCUUUCUAUUUUUGUUUCUCUUCAUUCAUGCCAUUCAUCUGUUAAAUUUCUAAAAUGAUUGUCUAUUGUUCUAGUCAAUGUAUAUGAUUUGAAUAUUAAGCAAGAACUGACUGUGGAAUGCUGCAUUAUUUAAUAAGAUUUAACAUGUUUUAACUUGUAUUUACACUAUAGUUCAGAGAGAUUCUGUAAUUUCAUUCAGAAAAUAAUAAAAAAAAAAACAAAUAGAAAUGUACAAUUUUGAACAAAGGGAGAUAACUCCAUUCAAAAUAUUGCCAAAAUGUGUUCCAUUGCUGAAUACACUUUGAUAUAGAAUUUUAAGUUCACAUUGCAAAAUGAAAGCAAUGGUUCACCUUCAGUGCUGACUUAAGUACUUUGAUUAGUUUACAGGAAUGGGUAUUUGCAUUGUUGGCAUGUGGAAAUUUCAAAAUUCACUAUAGCUAUACAUGCAAUACUUGUAUUAUGUGUUGUUCAAUGCUUGUAUUGGUAUGCCCUGAAUUAUAAACUGUCUCUAAAAUCUAUAAACAUGAUAAAGAAGUAUAAGUUGAUCUGAAAAAAAAAUUAUCAGGUUCUUAUAUCUCUUUUAAACUGACAAGAAAUUGUGUUUGCUAAACUAAAGAUUAAGCUGAUUGAAUUUGUCUGUGCUAAUUUUAUUUGUAUAAUUUCAACAGAAACUCUGGAAAAAAUGGUAUAUAAUAUGUAUGUAAUAAUCAUUAGCUUUGUAAGUUUUUAAUUAUAUAAAUAAGGACCUUAAGCAAUCAAUAAUCAAUGUAAUAUCGAUUGAAUAUUUUGUUAAGAAUCAGUUGCAGUUAUUAUCAACAUUCAGUUUGCAAUAUAUGUGUAAAAGAUUCUUGGAUUGAAAUGUAGAUUAUGAAUAAUUAAACAGCAAAACAUCCUUACGGAAAUAUUUGCUAAGGAAUUGUUUUUGAGAUAUUUUUCAUAAACUGAACAUUAAAUAAUAUCAUAUCAUUAUUGAAUAUAACAUUGAAAAACAGUAAUUCCAAAAGUCUUUAAAAUUUUAAGUAUGUAUUUGGUGCAGUAAAGUGUCUCCUGGGCAACAUUAAUUGAAUAUUUGCAAGUUUCUUAGACUUUUUGAAUUACUGCUUACCUUAAUUAAACCAUGUUGAUUGGGACCAAAAUAAAUGUAUUGUAAAUGAAACCAUUCACUUCUAGACAGUUGAGGAUAAAUCCAUGAACUAAGCCUUUGCUAUUACUAUAAAUUUGGAUUCAUAACAAAAAAGUCACUAUGCAAUUUUAUGGCCUUAGAGCUUUGUAUUCUUGAGACAUCCAGUACAUUAAAUCGGAUUUGAUAUAAGAUGCCACAGUGAUUUUUAUGCAAAAUAUGACACAGAAAAGAAUUUGAAAGGGUAAUGUUUUCAUUUCUGAACCAAAACAGCUUUAAACUCAUAAGAUCUAUCUAUUAUUUCACAAAAAAUCUUUUAAAGAUAAGUCCACAUUUGUGGGGACCAUAUACAAUAUUGUAUAAAGUUUACUAUAACAAUAACUAUUGAUUUAUUUGUAAAUUAAAGUGAUUUGCUAAUCACUUAUAUAUAUGUAUUGUUUGACUGUAUUGUUGGAAUUGUACUAUCUUUUUGUUUUGUAUUUGCUACUGCUCUUUAUAAAUGUUUUCUUCUUUUAAAAAAAAUGAUAUUUUUAGUGCCCUUUAUUAAAGAAUGAUUCCUGUAAUGAUAUUAACAAUAUUUGUUAAAGGGAGUUAACUUCCCACAAUAGGGUUAUCUCUUUUUAUUCCUAAAAAGGUAGAUAUCUAUUUGUUGGAUAUAAGAAUCUCCUUAUUGGGAUGUUUACCUUCAUAGAUAAUGGGAAGUAACUUAUUAGGGUUAUUUCCCUUUAUGUUCAAUUUAUAUCAUAAAAGUACUCUUCUGUCAAGGGGAGAUAAAUGAAAUCUGUAAAGGGAAGUAAUUGAUACAAAAUCAUAAGUAUGACUUGAUUGAUGCAGGUGUUUGAUACCGGUAAUGUAAACUGCUUUAUAUUUGUAUUUUAUACUUGUACAGUAGCAGUCCGUCUGAAUGCUAUAUCUGUGAUGUCACCUCUGUAAUUAUGCACAAUUUUAUCAUUGUAUAAUCUCAUUGUUCAUUUUAUUAACAUCAUUCUGAUUUGUUCCUUAUUAUAGUAAGACUUUUGGAAGUUUUGGCGAGUCGCCUGGACCAAAGACAUAUAAUACCAGAGAUUGGCAAAACCAAUUAUUGGCCAUAUUAUCAAAACUGCCUCGGCUCUCUUGUAAUUUUUCAAACCUCUUUUUCACAAAUGACAUAUACCGUGUGUUUUAAUAUUUCUCAUUGUAUUUUAAUUUUUGGAUAGUACAAAUAUGAGGAGAAUUUGAUGGGGUAUAUGCAUGGAUUAUUUAACAUUGUUUUGUGAUCUUUUGCCAUGCUUAGAUUUUAUGAUGAUUUGUAAUUUACCCAUGAAUCUUUUGGGCGGCAUGGUAUCACAAGAUUUCACCUGAUUUGCCAAUCUGUGGUUUUAUAAGUCUCUGUCACGAAAAAAAAUCGGAGGUGAAAGAUAACAGCCAUAUUCAUCUUCAUGCAUUGACAUACAAUUAAAGUCAUCAUAUAGAAUGCCUGAUUUUAUUUGAUUGAAAUGUUUAUAAAUAAUUUUUGUAUUAUUACAAUGUGUGCCUUAUAUUUAUUGUAAAAUUAUGGAAUAUUCUUUUCAAGUGAAGAAAAAAAAUAAUUGUUUUACUGUAUAACAGUACCAAAUACAACCCGUAACAUUUAAGUAUUUGUUCUGGAUGUGUAAAAUAUUACCAGUAUUUAUUAACUUUUCGGUUAUAACUGAAUUACUAUUUUAAUUUAUUAUGCUUGGAAAAAAUAAUUGCAUUUUAAAAGAAGGAAUACAUAUACUUAUAAAACAUUAAUAAUUUAUUUGAAUAUUAUCUGAUUAUAUUUAUUAGAAAAUCACCAAAACCCAUCUGAUGGGCAUUUUAUUCAUCAGUUUUUUUGUCUAGAAAACAGACAAGGAUAUUGAAUUAUGGCUUACGGUAAUGUUGUUGUUUUGACUUAAAAAGUUUUUAAACCUGCCAAAAUUUAUCAUUUAUUUUGGAUGUUUGGAAUUAACUUUGCGUUGCUAGGUUUUGAGCUAAAAAUUUCAUGAUAAGUUUAGGUGGUUCUUUAUUUGUUAAAGUGGAGGGGAGAUUUUUCCUUUCCGUCCGAGAAGAACAAAAUUUAAGAAUUUGUAUGCGCAAGAUAGACUCAUCCAGAGUAAAUGGUCGAAAUUGACAGGUUGUAGUGCUUCGCUCAUUCUUGUUUAUGUUAUAUUUUACCAACUAUUUGUUACAUAAUUCACAUUUCAUACAAUUCAUCAUGUUCUUAGUAAUGAGGUUAAGGUUUUUACAUUAAUGCAUUUGACAUGUACAUGUAUAUAGGGAAAAACACAAAAGACAAUUUUUCAUAAUUCUGUUGAGCCUUGUUUUAGAGGGUUCACAAUAUUCCAUAUCAUAAAAAGAAAAUUGAAAAACAAAAUACCUGAAAAAAAUAUAGAUUAUUUCAUAUCCCUAUUUAUUUAAAUGAAAACAUCUUCUUUAUAUUCUCAACCAAAAGAUUGACAAUUUCAAAAUUAAAAUUGAAAACAUUGUGUAUUUUCAUAUUCCUUAGAGUCCUAAAACCAGAUUUUCAAAUCACUUUCAAGGUUGGAAAAACAAUUAAAAAAUCACAUCAUAAUGCAAUUCAUUAUAGGAAAAAGGAAUCUAAAUGAAAAAAAAAAGUAAUAAAUCAAUCAAAAUAAAGAAUAAUCAAAAUGUACUGAGGAAGAACCCCACCAGAAGACUUUAGAGGUCAAGUGAACAAUUUGCUCAUUUUGUGUCGAAGCAGAGGUCUGGUAAUAGGCAAAAACCUCUGGUUGAAAAAAAAACAAAAAAAACUGGGUUUUGUAUGUUACUUGAAAAUGUUGUUACCCAGUGAAAAGAAGUAUUUAAAUAGAUGAUUUUAUCUUUGAUUGCAAGUGAAAAAAAUUUAUUUGAUUGAAAAAUUAGUCAUUAUUAAUCUUUUUUCAUUGUUAUCUUGCAAUAAAUGAAAUAAAUAGCAAAAAAAAAAAACCAAACAAGAUUAUUAUUAAAUUUUUGUUUUAGUUCAUGCCAUUCACUCACUUUAAUUUUGAUUUUUAUCACUGGUGGACAGUAUACAUCAAUUUAGUGAUUAUAGAUUUAUGAUUUUAUUGAUUAUAGACAAUUUUUUGGGGUUGGGGAAUCACUAAUUAGUUUGAAAUCACAGGGGACUUAGAGAAAAAUAUCCGACAAUCAUAAUCAUAAUUUGGUAUGAAUUAAACUUAACUCGUCUUAAUGUCAGUCAACAUAGACUUGUAUUAAUUUUAAAUACAAUGAAAACGUAUUGCAUCAAAUUUAUCAUGUUUUUUUCUGCUUGAAAGAGGGUGUGGAUGGGGGUUACAAAAUAGAAAAUAAUGACUAAAAAAAGAGACUAAAGUGGAAAAAAGAAAAAUUCAGACAUAUAUGUUCAAAAAUUAAAGAAGUAAGAAUAAUUGGGUGUUAUGAUACAAAGAAUAGAGAAAAAUAACCCAAAAAUAAUAAGAAUAUAGAAAGCAUGCACCUCCAUCCAGACCCUCAUCAAAGUCAGAAACAUUUAUAGUUCUGUCUAGAAGGUUUUGCAUACAAAUUUAAAUAGCUCUGCAUUUGUAGAAUAGAGUAAAUGAAGUAUCCCCAACAUUAAUUAUAAGUUUGCAGUAUGCAUGAAAUAUUUCCCACUGGACAUUAAUUAACAAACAAUCAAUCUAUUUAAAGUUUGUUAUUUUAAAAGAUUGGUAUUCUGAGAAUGCACAAAAAUACCAAACAUUUUUGAAAGUUCAUUAAAGUUCUGGUGUAUUUAUCUUUUUCAACUUGUUUAAUACAUUCUAUAUUUUAUCUAAUGAAUGGGUACAGGGAACAUCUAUAUGUUCUCCACUGGAACAUUGAAGUGUAUAACUGUUGAGAGAUAUAAAAUAUAUGUUUUAAUGCGACACACAUGACAGCAAAAUAAUGUAUUUAUGUAAGAUUUGUUUUAAAUUGAUAGAAUAGAUAAAAUUAUGUAUUGGAUAGAGCUUUACUGGUAAUCUUUCUAGACCACCAUUAUAAAAAUAUUCAUCUUAGUCUUUUUUCAGAUCCACGCUUAACAGAGCAUCAAUACAUGAGCUGCAUCGAAUAGAAAUUUACCUUAUGCAAUGAAUAUCAAUACAUCUGUUAACAUAUUUCAGAACUAGAAAAUCUUUAUGCAAAGUCAAUAACUGUUUGAAAAUUGAGUUGUUAUAAGAAUCCUACAAAACAGACCAAAAAUUCAUUUUUUAUUUCGUAUUUCAAUGUUCCAAACUCAAAGUCUUACACAUGUAUAUGUAGAUGUGCACUUGCAUAAGGUAGGUCGAUUUCUAUCCAGCGCAGCUCACAUUGUGUCCUAAAAAUUAAUGCUUCAUGUUGACAGGCUGUAGAAAGUUAGUAUCAAUCUUACCAAGUUAUGUACAAACACCUACUUGAUUAUUGUGUUCAACUGAAUGACCAAUAAAUGAUAUCAUUUUUA